CGGACCGUGAAGGCAGCAUCACUCUGUUCUGGUCGCUGAUUGGCUGUGGCUGCUGCGGGCUGUGGGAGCGGCUCCCGUUGCUGUGGUUACGAGUCUUAAGGAAGGGAUUUAUUCAAUCAGAGUUUACUCUCGGAGCGUCGUCAAGGCAGACAUGGCAACAUGCUAACAUGCUAACCAACCGGGAAUGUUUACGGUUGAAAAAAAACGGACACGGUAAAACAAAAAGACGCAGUAAAGAUUCCUCUGCGAGCGAAGAACGGCCGCGCGGCCUGACGGGAAACUGAGGAGUAAGUUAGUGAACUUUUGUGAGCAGUUGAACGGUUCACCUGUUGCCUCUGCUAGCUCUGCUGCUAGCCUGCUAACGGCUAACAGAGCUGUUGGCAGUUUGAAAAGUUUGCGAAGAUAGAUACGCCGGGGAUUAGACGGAGCCCUAAAGAGGCCGGGGAUUAGACGGAUCCAUAGUGAGGCCGGCAUUAGACCGAGCCAUAUACAGGCAGGGGUUUAGACGGAGCCCUAGAGAGGCAGGGGUUUAGACGGAGCCGCAGAGGGUCGGGGAUUAGACGGAGCCCUGACGAUGGAAGGAGUGAGACACUCCCCGGUUCUGUCCGCUCUGUUCGGGAUGACUGAAGACUCCGAGACGCUGGGAGCCGCGCAGCUAAUUAAAGAACGUCUGUACUUUGCCACCUUACGUAGUAAACCUAAGAGUACGGCCAACACUCACUACUUCUCUACCGACGAUGAGUUCAUCUACGAGAAUUUCUACUCAGACUUCGGUCCUCUGAACCUGGCCAUGUUGUACCGAUACUGCUGCAAACUCAACAAGAAGCUGAAGUCGUUCACUCUGACCAGGAAGAGGAUCGUCCACUACACCAGCUUUGAUCAGAGGAAGAGGUCCAACGCUGCCGUGCUGAUCGGAGGCUACGCUGUGAGUCACCGCUGUCUGUCUGUCUCUCUCUCUGUCUCUCUGGUCUCUGGCUCCAACGCCUCCUACCUGCCCUUCAGGGACGCUUCCUUUGGGAACUGCACCUUCAACCUCACAGUGCUCGACUGUCUGCAGGGCAUCAGGAAGGCUCUGCAGCACGGCUUCUUUGACUUUGAGACCUUCGACGUGGACGAGUACGAACACUACGAGCGCGUGGAGAACGGAGAUCUGAACUGGAUCGUCCCGGGGAAGUUCCUGGCCUUCAGCGGACCUCAUCCUAAAACUAAAAUAGAGAACGGUUACCCUCUCCACGCCCCCGAGGCCUACUUCCCCUACUUCAGGAAGCACAACGUGACGACUGUGGUGCGCCUCAACAAGAAGAUCUACGACUCCAAGCGCUUCAGCGACGCAGGCUUCCUCCACUACGAGCUCUUCUUCCUGGACGGCAGCACGCCCAGCGACGCCAUCACGCAUCGCUUCCUGCAGGUCUGCGAGGGCACCGACGGAGCCGUGGCCGUCCACUGCAAGGCUGGUCUGGGCAGAACGGGCUCUCUGAUUGGCUGUUACCUGAUGAAACAUUACCGCUUCACUGCAGCGGAGGCCAUCGCCUGGAUCAGGAUCUGCAGACCGGGCUCUGUGAUUGGACCACAGCAGCACUUCCUGGAAGAGAAGCAGGCGGCGAUGUGGUUGCUAGGCGACAGCCAGCGUUCCCAGAAGGCCAAGCUGGAGGAGAGGACCAUGUCUCACCUCAUCACCAACAUGGACGACCUUUCCUUAAACUCCGCCCACAACAGUCUGCAUGAGACUGAGACCGGGGACAGUGGACCAGGUCUGACUCAGGGAGACAAACUGAGAGCCUUAAAGAGCCGGAGACCUCCCAGACCUGCCACCACCGGAGCUCUCAGAGUGGAGGAGAUGAAGGUCCACAGCAGGUCUUCCUCUCAGCCUCUCAGACUGUCGGUGGGGGCUGGUCAGGGCCCCUCCUCCCCCCUCAAGGCCUCUAAGUUCCCAGCAUCCUCUGCUUCUGCUGCCGCGAAGAGGAUCGCAAGGAGUCCGUCGUCAUCGACGACCAACAUCAGGAGCUCCCGAUUGGCCAGCUCUUCUCUCAGCGAUCUUUAUGCUGCCGAGGACAACAAGAACUCUUCAUCGUACUCUUCUCUUCAUCUUCUUCCCCCCUCCUCCUCCUCUCCUCUGGCCCCGCCCCCUCUCUGUCGCUACGGCAACGGCCCUCGCAGCAGCCCCCAGCGCGAGGUGAACAAUAACAGCGGUCCAUACGGGGGGGUCAGGGGGGGGCCCCAGGACUACAGCGCCUACAGGGGCCCGGGCCCAUCAGGACGCUACCUCAGCCGCUCCAUACCGUCUCUUCAGUCUGACUACAUCCAGUACUAGAACUACAGAUGUGACCUGAGGACUCAUUACCCACAAUCCUCUCUGUGUGUACUAGAACUACAGAUGUGACCUGAGGACUCAUUACCCACAAUCCUCUCUGUGUGUACUAGAACUACAGAUGUGACCUGAGGACUCAUUACCCACAAUCCUCUCUGUGUGUACUAGAACUACAGAUGUGACCUGAGGACUCAUUACCCACAAUCCCUCUGUGUGUACUAGAACUACAGAUGUGACCUGAGAACUCAUUACCCACAAUCCCCUCUGUGUGUACUAGAACUACAGAUGUGACCUGAGGACUCAUUACCCACAAUCCCCUCUGUGUGUACUAGAACUACAGAUGUGACCUGAGGACUCAUUACCCACAAUCCCUCUGUGUGUACUAGAACUACAGAUGUGACCUGAGGACUCAUUACCCACAAUCCCCUCUGUGUGUACUAGAACUACAGAUCUUGCCUGAGAACUCAUUACCCACAAUCCCCUCUGUGUGUACUAGAACUACAGAUCUGGCCUGAGGACUCAUUACCCACAAUCCCCUCUGUGUGUACUAGAACUACAGAUCUGGCCUGAGGACUCAUUUCCCACAAUCCCCUCUGUGUGUACUAGAACUACAGAUCUGGCCUGAGGACUCAUUACCCACAAUCCCCUCUGUGUGUACUAGAACUACAGAUCUGGCCUGAGGACUCAUUACCCACAAUCCCCUCUGUGUGUACUAGAACUACAGAUCUGGCCUGAGGACUCAUUACCCACAAUCCCCUCUGUGUGUACUAGAACUACAGAUCUGGCCUGAGGACUCAUUACCCACAAUCCCCUCUGUGUG